CCCACUUUCUCUCCUUCUAACAACCUUGUCUCCUUCCUUACAAAGCCUUAACCACAAGCACUAUUGCAAGAAAAAAGAACACGGAACUAUAUCAAUGGGAAGAGCACCUUGCUGUGACAAAAAUGGACUCAUGAAGAAAGGUCCCUGGACCCCUGAAGAAGAUCAAAAGCUCACCGCUUAUAUUCAACUUCAGGGACCUGGAAACUGGCGUUCCCUCCCCAAAAAUGCUGGGCUCCAAAGGUGUGGAAAGAGCUGUCGUCUUCGUUGGACAAACUACCUGAGGCCUGAUAUCAAGAGAGGAAGAUUUUCAUUUGAGGAGGAAGAGACUAUAAUUCAACUUCACAGUAUUUUGGGAAACAAGUAA